CUCCCAACCGUAAGAGUGCCCAGCCUUCUGCCAGCUGGGCCUGAGCAUAAAGCCUGGGACUGCACCUGGGGCAAUGAGCCCUGCACUGAAGAAGCCUCCUAGAGAGAUGUGCCGGGGCCGCGCAACAGACUAGAUCCAAGCCCCGAAGCUUACACCACCAGUUAUCCCCUCUCCCUCAUCCCCUUCGCCCGCCUUUUCUGCACCCCAUCCCUUGAAACCUCGGAUCAGUGCCUGCGCCGCGCUCCGGAGAGCUCUGCCGGGGGAAAAACCCGGUGCCCAAGGAGAGACGGGGCGGCCGUGCUAGAUGCAUGGGGGAGGGCUCCGGUUAAUGCAAGUUCUGGGCUCCUGCAGGGACCCCGACAACUGUCAGCAGCAACAGCAACUCGGGCCCUCCUCCUCUGCUUCCUCAGCGAUGCUUUUCCACAGUCUUUCCGGCUCGGAGAUGCACGGGGUCAUCGACGAGAUGGAUCGGAGAACCAAAAGCGAAGCACCGGCCAUCAGCUCGGCUAUAGACAGGGGAGAGACGGAAACGACCAUGCCUUCCAUCAGCAGUGACAGGGCUGCCCUGUGCGCCGGCUGCGGGGGUAAAAUCUCCGACCGUUAUUACCUGCUGGCUGUGGACAAACAGUGGCACAUGCGCUGCCUGAAGUGCUGUGAAUGUAAACUCAACCUGGAGUCCGAGCUCACCUGCUUCAGCAAGGACGGCAGCAUCUACUGCAAAGAGGACUAUUACAGGAGGUUUUCGGUGCAGAGAUGUGCGAGAUGUCACCUGGGGAUUUCUGCCUCCGAGAUGGUCAUGAGGGCCAGGGAUUUGGUAUAUCACUUAAAUUGCUUCACUUGCACCACUUGCAACAAGAUGCUGACCACUGGCGAUCACUUUGGCAUGAAGGACAAUCUGGUGUACUGCCGCCUCCAUUUCGAGACUCUCAUCCAGGGGGAGUACCAGGUGCAUUUCAAUCACUCGGAUGUAGCCGCUGGGAAGGGCCCGGCUUUGGGAGCGGGCUCUGCCAACACUUUGGGACUGCCUUAUUACAAUGGCGUGGGGACUGUCCAGAAGGGGAGACCCAGGAAAAGAAAAAGCCCGGGGCCUGGAGCAGAUCUGGCAGCCUACAAUGCAGCUUUAAGUUGCAAUGAGAACGAUGGUGACCACCUGGACAGAGACCAGCAAUACCCCAGCAAUCAGAAAACAAAGCGCAUGAGGACGUCCUUCAAACACCACCAGCUGCGGACAAUGAAGUCAUACUUUGCUAUUAACCACAAUCCUGAUGCCAAGGACUUGAAACAGCUAGCUCAGAAAACUGGCCUCACCAAAAGAGUUCUUCAGGUUUGGUUUCAAAAUGCUCGAGCCAAAUUCAGACGGAACCUCUUACGUCAAGAAAACACAGGGGUGGAUAAGACUUCAGACUCAACACUCCAAGCAGGGACCCCAUCAGGUCCUGCCUCAGAAAUAUCCAAUGCCUCCAUGAGUCCAUCCAGCACUCCCACUACUUUAACAGACUUGACUAAUCCCACUAUGCCAACUGUGACGUCGGUCCUGACAUCAGUGCCCGGAAGUCUUGAGGUUCAUGAAUCUCGAAGUCCUUCACAGACAACUCUUACAAAUCUUUUCUGAUGACUCUUUCUUAAUAAUUUCUUUAAAAAAGAAAUUAUUCUUAGCUGAAAUUCCAAGUGUAUUUUAAUAGAGGCUUUGAGCAACUGACUAACCACAAUUAGGAUCUCUCCUAAAAAACAGAAGGAAAUGUAGUGUUCUGGUAUUAUGGAGUAUGGACUGAAGAAUAACUUGGAAGAUCUAUUGCAACACAACAUUUGUGUAACUGUACAGUUUUGUGGACUGAGCAAGGGAAACAGCAAUUAAUUUAAGUUGGCUAAAGCUUCUGUAUUUUCAAAGACUGCCAUGUGCCUUAUAUACUGUUUUAUCUACAUUCUUUGGAUUCCAUGUCCACUUCUCUCUUUUUCUCUCUGUAUAUUUAUGACCAGGGCAAAAAUGUUAAAGAGUUUGUUACUUUGAAUAGUCCUAAGCCUUUCAUUGGUUGCUUUGUUGUUUUAGAGUUUUAAGGUCGAAGUCUGUUCGAAUACCAGAAUUUGUAAAAUCUAAC